GACUUGACCAUACUGGCAAUUGUGCUUGGCUCUGACAAAACUCACCUGACAAACUUUUCUGGCAACAAAAAAAUGCACCCAAUUUAUCUCUCUUUGGGGAACAUCCAUAAGUCGGUGCAAAAUAAGCCCAGCAAACGGGCCUGGAUCCAAUUAGCAAACUUGCCAAUCAGCAAGUUCUCAUCACAGGAGUUUCAUGGAAGUCACUUGGCUGACGAGGCCAAGGGAAUGCCUGGUCUCCUGCAGAAAAUACUUUACCAUGAAUGUCUCUGCAUAAUCCUUAAGCCACUC